AUUAUUUUCCUUUCGACUAUAUUUGGCAAUUUGCCCGUGAAGUCCUGCGCUCAACCACGAGCAAUAAUGCCACCAAAUGGUAUUCGCAGUCCCUGCAAUGCCAACCUCCCAGCAUCUAAAUUUCGACUAGUUUCUCUAUUUCCAAUUCGUAACGUGUUAAAUUUUCCAAUUCCACCUUCUCCUUACUUUGGUUCCAGCUCACACUAUUCCGGAUUUUCCCGUCUUGUUGGCCCACUCAGGAGAAGGGAUUUUCAAACCAGAAGUCGCUUAACAUUUGUAAGCUGUGGUGCAGCAGCAACAAGGGGCACCGCUACUGAUCACUAUUCAACGUUGAAUGUUAGCCGGAAUGCCACACUGCAGGAUAUAAAAAACUCAUAUAAGAAACUCGCUCGUAAGUACCAUCCAGAUGUGAACAAGGACCCUGGAUCAGAAGACAGGUUCAAAGAGAUAAGUGCUGCAUAUGAGGUUUUAUCAGAUGAUGAAAAAAGAUCUUUAUAUGAUCAAUUCGGGGAGGCAGCUUUGCAGGGAGACUAUGGUGUAAUGAGCCGUGGUUCAAGAGGGGUCAAUCCUUUUGAAAUUUUUGAUGCAUUCUUCGGAGGAUCUGAUGGACUUUUUGGAGAAAGAGAUGGAAUUGGAGGCAUCAAUUUAAAUCAGAGGAGUGGAAAUAUUCAAAAUCUUGAUAUUUAUUAUGACUUGCACUUAAGCUUUGAAGAAUCAGUGUUUGGAGGAGAGCAGGCAAUUCAAUUUUCUUGUUUUGAGACAUGUGAAAUUUGUGAUGGAACGGGUGCUAAAUCAAAUAAUUGCAUGAAAUUGUGUGCCGACUGUCAUGGAAGAGGAGGAGUGGUCAAAACUCAGAGAACACCAUUUGGAAUGAUGUCUCAGGUGUCCAUAUGUUCUGAAUGUGGCGGUGAUGGUAAGAUAAUAACAGAGUUAUGUCGUAGCUGUGGUGGCAGUGGUCGAAUGCAAUCAAUUAGAAAAAUGAACUUAGUAAUCCCACCAGGUGUCAGUGAUGGAGCCACAAUGAAAAUUCAAGGAGAAGGCAGUUCUGAUAAGAAAAGGAGAAUGACUGGUAACCUGUAUAUCAGGCUUCGUAUAGAUGAAAAGCAUGGAAUCUGGAGAGAUGGUAUUCAUCUAUACUCCAACAUUAGCAUUGACUAUACAGAGGCAAUAUUAGGUACUAUUGUCAGGGUUGAAACUGUUGAAGGCUUGAAAGACCUCCAAAUACCUGCUGGUGUUCAACCAGGGGAUAGAGUUAGAUUGCCAUGCCUGGGGAUUCCAGAUAUAAAUAAACCUUCUGUUCGUGGUGAUCAUCUGUUUAUCGUGAAUGUUCAGAUUCCAAAACGCAUCAGUGACUCAGAACGCACAAAAAUUAAAGAAUUGGCAUUACUCAAGGCAUCUAAUAUGAAUGAUGAAGUUUACACUCAUGGGAUGCCUCAAGGAACGUUUGAUAAAUGUACACAUGAAAAUCAAGGAAAUCUUGCUUCGAGCCAAGCAAUUAAGCGCAACACUUCAAUCUGGUCUUCAAUCAAGCACUUCAUUGGUAAAAGACAGCCCCGAGAAGGUUUUGCUUCGAUUGGCGUGGAGAUAUCAAAACCGCCUUGUUGGAGGCAUUUGAAGUUGCAUUCUUCAUACACAGACUCGCUGAUAACGGUUUUAAUAGUAACUUCACUCUUCUUGGUCGGGAGAAAUUACUUCUGGACACUUGUACGAGGAAAAUAUCAUUGACUCUGGAGCUAGAAGUUUUCAUUGAGAGGUUCAAAAUAAAUAUAUUAUAAUCUUGAAAAUUUAGGAGUUAAAAACUGGGAAGAACAUUACCUUUAUCGUUUAUAUAUUAUAAGAUAAAUCAGGAGAAUUAAAAGGGGCAUGGCCCUUUACUUCUUCGCACCUGCCUGAGAUCCUAUCAUA